CUCACUUUAGACAUUAGACAAGUCUCUUCUCACGCCUGUGAUGAAUUCCACUGCUCAGGAAACACCUCAGAAACGUUCUCCAGCAUGAAGCAGCUGCUUAAUGAACGGAUCUGCGCGUUAUUCCGCAGUAACUGGCAGCAUACUCUCACAUAUUGGAGUGUGUUCUUUAGUUUUGGACUCUGUGUCGCUUUUCUGGGGCCGACCAUCCUGGACCUGAGAUGUCAGACUCAGUCUACACUGCAGGAGAUCACUCUGGUCUUCUUCUCCCAACAGUUUUUCCUCUUUAUUGGAAGCACCAUUGGAGGAUUCUUCAGUAAAACGCUUGUGAGUUCUUUGUCAGCGUUGGCUGUGUCCAGCCUCACCAUCUCUGUGGUUUUUGCCGUCAUCCCACUAUGCCAUAAGCUGCUCUUGUUGGCCUUUGCCUUGGCGGUAUCUGGUCUUGCCAUGGGCAUCAUUGACACCAUCUCUAACCUACAACUGGUCAAGAUCUACCAGAAAGACUCCACAGUUUUCCUGCAGGCCCUUCACUUCUUUGUGGGUCUCGGGGCAUUAGUGAGUCCCCUCAUCGCUGACCCCUUCCUGUCUGAGACCAGCUGUGUGAUUGGGAACAGCAGCACCAAUGCUACAUCAUUAAGGCAUCUGAGGAACAAGCUCGCAGGCAGACAUCUGCAUAACGUGUCCAGUGUCCACCUCCACACUGACGGAGAGGUGGUGACCAACGUUUCCUAUGCAUUCUGGAUCAUGGCUGUCAUCAAUCUUCCUGUACCCAUCGCGAUACUAAUCCUCAUGUAUCGGGAGCGACUGUUCGUGUGCGGCUCAGACCCCGGUCGACGUUUACUAGAUGGAGACGUGCUAGCGAUGAAAACCUGGGGAACCACAGGUCUGACAGAAGACGCUGGACAUCAGAAAGAGACUUCCAGAAGCCAUGUAGGUUUGUUCGGCUGCUGUCUCCUUGGCAACGCGCACAGCUUUCCGCUGUCUUUCUUUGGGAUCCAUAUCCUUGGGGGUCUGGUGCUCUUCUUUUCAGAUGGUAUAGUGGGCUCAUACACAGGCUUUGUGUACACCUACGCAGUGGCGCCCCCUAUGAAUCUACCUCACAAGACCGCCGGAUACUUGACGUGCGUCUUCUGGGCGGCGAUCACUGCAGGCCGACUGUCAGCCAUACCUCUGUCCUACAGAUUUAAACCUGUCCGAUUGCUCAGCGUUAGUCAGGUGGGUGUGAUAGUCACACUACUUCUGCUGCUAAUCUUCUCCAACAGUAGUGUGUUCCUCUUCAUCGGCACCUGCUGUCUCGGCCUAUUUAUAAGCAGUAUCUUCCCCUGCACGCUAGCAUUCACUGAAGACAUCCUGGAGUACAAAGGUUGUGCCACCACAGUCAUGGUGACCAGUGCAGGGAUGGGUGAGAUGGUACUCCAGGUGCUCGUGGGUUUGGUGAUGCACAAUCAAGGUAGCUUCAGUUUCUUGUUGUGUGGAAUGAUCUUCGGCUGCCUGGGAUUCGCCUUCUUCGUUUUGCUGUUCUUCGUCCAGCAGAGUCACAAAAACUUCAUGGAAGCUUUACCUGGUGACUCCCCUGCUGAAAGACUUGAGGAAAACGGGAUUGAGACCUGUUCUGCUGCCGUGCUGAACUCAUGGGACACGUCAGAGCAGAAAGCAUCCAUCGAUCCAUAACAAUGGAGAAUAUGGAUGAAAAAUGCAAAGGGACAAUGGUGUCAUGGACUCAGGGACAUCAAGGACCAAAUAUAUCCUUGGAUGAUCAUGCACAUCAUCGACAGAGCUAAAAAAAAAAAAUGUCAUGAAGUGUUAAAUGUUUAUUUUUGUAUUAAAGUAUUUUUGGAUGAAUGAAACGAUCUUGUGCACAAAUGUCACAAUUUAACCAUUUUCGAUGGCUUCAAUGGAUAUGUGCAAUACAAUAACAGCUUUAAAGAAAAGUUGGUUUUUAUUUUAUUUAGAAAAGAUGUU